AUGAUUUGGCGUUGCUUUAUAUGCUACAUAUUUUUGGCAUUGACUCUGAAACAACUUUUGAGUCACAUUAAUACUAUGCACAGUCGCAACCCUGACUUUCGCGUGGUGUGCGGGAUUGAUGGCUGUCCAAGUGAGUACAGGGUGUAUAACUCCUUCUACUAUCACGUGAAGCGUACACACGCACAGCAUCUUCUCCAAGUUGAAGCGGCGGAGGAAGAAAGACCGACUUGCCACGGUUUACCGGGAGCAGGUGAAAGGACAGCCACAAACGACCAAACCAAUGCAAGCCCUGUGGCUGAAGCGGAGAGCUCAAGCAUCUUAACUCCAGUGAGUGGAUUUGAAGAAGAUGGAGAUGGUCACAUGAAUGUUGACCUUUCUAAACAUGCAACUGCAUUUCUUCUUCAAGCCAGAGAAACCCAUCGACUGACACAGAGAGCUGUUAACCAAAUGGUGAGUGGAGUCCAGCAAUAUCAGGCCGCAUUACUGGAGCACCUCAAACAGCAAAUGAGUGACAUGAUUGAGAGACAUUCUGGGAACCUGGAUCAACUAAAGAGUGAUGCAAUGGGGAUAUUUGAUCAGUUUGUUGACCCUUUCAGUCAAAUUGCUUCCACCCAUUUGCAGGAUAAGACCAUCAAAGAACUGUUAGAACCAGUUGAACCAGAGAUUGUUUUCACAAAACAAACAGUAUGUUAUGUGAAACAUGGAGACUCCAGAGUUCUUACCAUUAAGGACCACUGUUUUCAUUAUAUACCGUUGGUGAAAAGCUUGGAGCAGCUGCUAUCACAUCCAAGAAUUAUUGCAAUGAUUGAUGAGAGGCCACAGACAUGCAAGGAUGGAUUUUUUCAUGAUUUCAUUGAUGGAGACAUUUUUAAAUCGCACCCACUGUUUUUGAAAUUUCCCACAGCAUUGCAGUUGAUUUUAUAUACAGAUGAAAUUGAGCUAUGCAAUCCUCUUGGAUCUCGGGCAAACAAAAACAAAUUGUUAUUAAUUUAUUACACCUUAGGUAACAUCAACCCUAAAUACAGAUCAAGACUUGCUGCCAUUCAUCUGCUUGCCAUGGUAAAAUCAAAAGAUCUUUCCCAUUGUGGUAUUGAUGAGAUGUUUGAGAGGAUUAACUGUGACUUAACUGAGCUGUGUGAUGGUGUCCAGGUUGUCACUGCAAAAGGUGAGAGGACAAUUUAUGGUGCACUUAUGUCUGUGUGCGGAGACACUCUAGCUCAGCAUGAAGUGGCUGGAUUUAAGAUAGGAGUGGGGUUUGCCUACAGUAAAUGCAGGCACUGCGAAUGCAACUUUGAAGACAUGCAGGAGCAAUUUAAUGAAGAUUUGUUUGUUAAAAGGACAAUGGCAAGUCAUAACAGGCAAUGUAAUGACAUUGAAAAAGCAAAUACUGACUUUCUGAAAGACAAUCUAAAAAUGACAUAUGGCAUAAACAGGAGAAGCAAAUUAACAGAAUCUCCUCACUUUGACAUAAUCAGUCAAUGA